AUGCGUAUCUCACAAAUAUAUCUAGUCUUAUAUAACGCGCUGCAGGCAUGCGGCUGGGCAGCGGUACUGGGCGCGAUAUUGUACGGCGUCUUGCAGAAGGGCCGGCCGGAACAGCUUUACAAUUCAGCAGGCUUUCUGACAAAGCUGGUCCAGGGCGCCUCCCUGCUCGAAACCCUCCACGCCGCGGUGGGCUUGGUGCCCUCCAGCCCCCUUAUGUCGCUGAUGCAGUGGAUGGGCCGCAGCAACGUCUUCUUCCUCAUACUGGAACCCAACCCCCAAGUAAGGAUGAGUUGGUGGUCCGUGUUGAUGAUGGGCACCUGGGCGGCUGCUGAGGUGAUCCGCUACCCGCAGUACAUGCUGAGUACGGCAUUGGGGGAGAGAUGCCCCCACUGGCUGACCUGGCUGAGGUACACAAUGUUUAUUCCGCUAUACCCUGUGGGUGUUGUGGCUGAGAUGGGCCUGAUGGUGGCGGCGCUGCCGUACCUUGCCGCAUCGAAGCCAUACUCCCUGGAGCUGCCGAACGCCUAUAACUGGGCAUUCAGCUACCAUCGUUUCAUCCAGAUUGUUUUGGCUCUUUACCCCUUCCUCUGGUGGCAGCUGUAUUCGGCCCUCCUGAGAUCCAGAUCCAAGAAGCUGACCCAGGUGGGCCGCGGGAGGGGGAGGAGGAGGGAGGAGGAGGGCUACCCGGGGGAGGGUGGGAGGGAGGGAAAGGAAACCAAGGAGUACGGAGCCCGGCAUGACGUGCAGCCCCCCCCCCCGCCCGCCCGGGGUUCUAGAGGGCAGCGCAACACGACACAGCGGACAGUUGUAGCGGACAGCUCGGAUGGCGGUUGUGGUGUUGGUGGUUGUGGUGGUUGUGUGCGCGCAUUUGUUUUAUCACGAAACUGUAAAUAA